AUUGUUGACAACGCCGCCGGCGGUCAUGUGACCUGACGUCAUCCCCCCCACCUCCUCUCUCCCGAAAUCUCAGGCUCCGGAUGCGCCCGUCUCUGCCCGUGCGGCCGAACCCGAAACCAGCGACAGGGGGAGAGAGGCAAGACUGACCGCGGGGCAGCUGCGGAGCAUGUCGACCCCGGCCCGUAGGAGGCUCAUGCGAGAUUUCAAGCGAUUGCAAGAGGACCCGCCUGUGGGGGUCAGUGGAGCACCAUCUGAAAACAACAUCAUGCAGUGGAACGCAGUUAUAUUUGGACCAGAAGGGACGCCCUUUGAAGAUGGUACUUUUAAACUAGUGAUAGAAUUUUCUGAAGAAUAUCCAAAUAAACCACCAACCGUUAGGUUUUUAUCCAAAAUGUUUCAUCCAAAUGUGUAUGCUGACGGUAGCAUAUGUUUAGAUAUCCUGCAGAACCGAUGGAGUCCCACAUAUGAUGUCUCUUCCAUCUUAACUUCAAUUCAGUCUCUGUUGGAUGAACCGAAUCCAAACAGUCCAGCCAAUAGCCAAGCAGCACAGCUUUAUCAGGAAAACAAACGGGAGUAUGAGAAGAGAGUUUCGGCCAUUGUUGAGCAAAGCUGGAAUGAUUCCUAAUAGACACCCGGUCUGUUCAUCUUUUCAUCGUUGUUGUGUAUAAUUUACCUCCCAGUAGAAAGGCUAGCAAGUUUUAAGUGCCACGGGUUUUAAGGAUUCUGCAGAGAGAAAAGAAAAAGUCCUUCAGUUUAGAACCUCCAAAAGCUUGUGUAUCUUGAUUAAUGUACUUUUUAUUGCAUGGUGUGAACUAAGUUAUUGCUGCAUAAAUUUGUAAUAUAUCCUGUUUGUAUUUUUUUCCAAGUGUAUAAUGUUGGUGUGGAGUUUUCAUGACAGAAUAUACACAUUUUGUAAAUCUGUACUUUUUUCAAAUAUUGAAUGCCUUAUUUUUGAAUUCUUUAGAUUUUUAAAUUGGAGAAAAACACUUAAAGUUUUUUAUAUAUGAAUAUUACAUGUAAAGCUGUUAAAAUACAUAACUUCAGUGCAAGAGACUUUGUCACUUAUUUCCUUACCUGUGCAGGAGGGACUGCAGUCUCUAGCUCCCUGCCAGGUGAGAGCCUCAUUUCCAGCUGCAGAAGAUCACACUUCUGUCUAUCAAGAAAGUCUGCAAAUUUGAUUCCAAAACCAAUUCUGAUCUCCGGCUUUAUUUUGAAUGUACUUAUGUUAGUUGAGUUGAGUAAUUAUAGACUUACUGGUCUGAUUCUGUCCAGCUCUGUAUUUGGGCCACUUGUUAACGUGCGUUUCUCAUGUUAAACUGUACCUAUUGUGACUUCACAAUUGGCACCUCCACCACGAGCAGAGCCGGCUUGCUCUGCCGUGUGGCAGUACCUUCACAGGCUUUUGAUUAAGAAGAAAGUAAAACCGUCACCACUUCCCAGACACCGUGCCGCAGUAUUAGCCCUGGCUGGUUGCGUUGGUUUGAGCAAGGCAGAGAUUUGGAAAGAAUCUUGGUGUAACUUGAAUAUUUGCAAACUACCUUUUCGUGCAGCUGCGCGCUACCUGUCUAUUCUGGAACUGUUGAGCUCCAGGGCCUGCCGAGUUGCUUCUCACCCUCAGUUGUAUACAAGUUGUACUGCAUCUUAGUUUACUGGAUAGAGUUAAAACACAGUAUUGUAGAAAGCUAAUACAAAGCUAUCCUAUGCCUUCAAAUAGUAUAGAAAAUGAAAAAUAUACAAGUAAAUUCUGUUGAA